AUGGACAACGAGGAAGAAAUGCUGCGGCAGCAGCAGCAGCAGAGCCAAACAAAACAACAGGGGCAGCGGCAGAAGUCUCUUGUGCAGCGUCAGGAGAAAAGCCGGCAGCAGGGGCCGUCACACCAAGGGCAGGAACAACAGCAGCAAGGGCAGCAGCAGCAGCAGCAGCAACAGCCGCAGCAGGAGCAGCAGCAGCUUCACCAGCAGCAGAAGCUGGAGGUGCCACGGCAACAACAUCAAGCGCAGAUGCGCGAGCAGCCGCAGCAGCAGAAGCUGCUGCUGCUGCAGACCAGAGCCGUCGAAGGGCCACCAGCUUCCCACCGUGUCUGUUUUUCAGAACCGGCAACAGCAGAAAGUCCAGCAGCAGCAGCAGUAACAGCAAGUAUAGCAGAACAGAAGGGAGCAGCAGAGGUGGAUGAGCGCGUCGCCGCUGCUGUGAAAGGGGCGCAACUCGCAGCAGCAGCUGCAGCAGCAGAAGCAGAAGCAGCAGCAGAGGCAGAAGCAGCAGCAGAAGCCGCGGCAGAAGCAACAGCAGCAGAAGAAGACGACGAGGAUGAGGGGAUGGACCCUCAAGAAACGGAUGCAGCUACAGCAGCAGCAGAUGCUGCUGCAGCGGCUGCAGCUGCCAGUGGGAGGCUUGACCUCUUCAGCGCUACAAAACUUACAGUUGAGUUGUGCGUAAGAAACGCAAGUUACCGCCUGCCCCCCACGAGGGCUAGCAUGCGAUCUGCACUGUCAAAUUGUUGCUGCUGCCUGCAAAGGAAGAUAGCCAGUUGCUGCUGCAGCAGCAGCAGCAGCAGGGAGCUCGCUGCUGUCCGCCGUCCGCCAACUUCUGGUGCUACCAUUCCUUCUGGCCCCGCCGGCAGCGCUGCAGACUGCUGCGCAUCCUACAGCGCUGCCUGCAGUAGCAGCAGCAGCAGCAGGUUUUGCUGUUGCUGCAGCAGCCAAGAGGGGCGUCUCGUCCUCAGCAGCAUCAGCUGCUGCUUUCCCUCCCACACAGUCACUUCUAUACUGGGGGGCUCGGGCGCAGGAAAGAGCACAUUUUUGUCUCUUGUGGCAGGGAGGCUCCGUCCAUUGGCAACUGCCGCUACGCCGACAGCAGCAGCAGCAGCAGCUGCUGCUGCUGCAAGGGGUGCCACAUCUGCAGCUGCAUGCGCGGGUGGCGGCGGCUCUGCUGCGGGCCCAGAGCCUCAGCCCUCGCUGCAACAGCAGCAGCGCAGCAAGAAAGAGAGAAUAAAGACAAAAGGAGCAGCAGCAAGAACUACGGAGGAGCCGGUGCUGCUGCUGAACGGCGUGAAGGCCCCCAAGGCGUGGCGGCGGCUUGUGGGGUUCUGCCUGCAGCAGGACCUGCUGCUGCUGCAGCAGCUGUCGGUGCAGCAGACGCUGCUCUUGGAAGCGAAGCUACGGAUGGGCAGAGUCUGCAGCAAGAGGCAAAGAAGGGAGAGAGUCGAAAAAGUUAUACAAAUGAUGAACCUAGAAAAGUGCAGGCACACUGUUGUGGGGUCGCCGUUCUCUCGUGGGCUCUCUGGAGGCGAGCGAAGAAGGCUUUCGGUGGCCUGUGAGCUGCUGCUGCCAAAGCCCCUGCUGCUUCUCGACGAGCCUACCAGCGGCCUCGACGCAGCAGCAGCGUCGCAUCUGCUGCGGCUGCUGCAGCGAGUAGCAGCAGAAAACGGCACUACAGUUAUCUGCACUAUUCACCAGCCCUCUCCACAGCUGUUCUUGUCUUUCGGGAGGGUUCUUUUUCUAGCGGAGGGUCGUUUGGUCUUCUGCGGGAAGCCACAACAGCUGCGAGCGUACGAGGCAUUGCUGCUGCAGCAGCCCACUGCUGCUGCUGCUGCUGUUGCUGCGAGUGACACUGGCCGCCGCCUAGACGAUGGCGCUUAUGCAGCUGACGCAGAGGGCCCCGGCGAAAUAGCAGAAGCCGCAGAAGCAGCAGAAACAGCAACAGCAACGCGGCCCGACUGCUGCGUCGCUGAGCAUUUUUUAGAGCUUGCUUGUGGAGUGGGGGCCUCCCGCACCUAUCCUAUAUUGGUAGCUCAUUUGCAGAAGCUGCUGCUGCUGCUGCAGCAGCAGCAGCACCAAAAUUUGAUGCAGCAGAACCAGCUGCACCAGCGCCGGCUGCACCAACCUGGCAGGAGCAGCAGCAGCAGCACCUGCAGCAACAGUAGCGAGCUGCUGCACUUUGCUGAAACGGAGGGACUGAUAUGGCAGAUAGAGCACCUCCUACAGCAUCAGCAGGAGUUGCUGCUGCCAGAAACAGAUAAGACACACCAGGGAGCAGCGAAAAUUGCAGAAGUCCUUGACUUAAUUUUUCGGGUGUACAGACACCCCAAGGCUUUUGUCCUGAGGGAUGACUUUCAGGCAAUAGCUGAUGCUGCUUCUGCUGCUGCAAAUGCUGCCGCCGGUGCUGCCGUUGAUGUUGUUGCUUCGCCGGUUCUUGCACCUGUGGGCAGUGCUGCGUCAGCACAAAGUGCAGCAGAAGCAGCAGCAACGGCAACAGAAACAGCAGCAGCAGCAGCACUGACGCUGCACCAGUCAGCAAUGGACGCAGCGGGGACUAUCAAGGGAACCUUAAGUGUGGAUGAAGGUGAAAAAGAGAAAGAAGAAUACCUCUCAGCCAGAUCAGCAUCUCCGGCUGCAUUGCCAGUGGAUGACGCAGCAGCAGCACCACCAGCAGCGGACACAGCAGCAGCCGGAAGUGCAGCAGCAGGCUCUCUCUUGCAGCAAGUUUCUGUGCAAAGAGUGCCGUCGACCGAAGCAAGACGAGCUGCAGCCUCAGCAACAAGGUCAGCAACAAGUGCACCAAACCGUCGUCGGGAGCUAAUAGCCGCAGCAGCAGCCAUAAAGGCGGCGAGUAGCCCUCUGCUGCAGUUCGAGGUGCUGCUGCAGCGGCAGCUUAUCUCGGAAGCAAGAGGCACAGCAGCAGCAGCAGAUCUAGCACAGGCGCUGCUGCUCGCAAUUAUAGUAGGAUCUCUUUACUUCAAGCGUAUGGCCGACUACACCACAGAUGGACUGCAUGAAAGGCUGGCGCUGCUAUACUUUCUCUGCAACUACCACCUUUUCUCUCCGGCUUUUACGUCGCUCAAUGCAUUUCCUGCGAUUCGCGCCGCAGCAGCAGCGGGCAGCAGCAGCAAGCUCUUCAGUGCGGCCACGUUUCUUGCUGCUGCUACUUGCGCAGAGCUGCUGCUGCAGCUCGUCGCACCCUUCAUCAUGCUGCUUCUCCUCCACGCCCUAGUUGCAUGGCCUGCAGACGCCCUCGUAUUUCUAGGCGUGUGGCUGUCUCUGCUGCUGCUGACAGUUCUGGCGUCGUCUCUGGGCCAAUUUAUUGCCGCGUUUGCAGGCAGCAACCACCGGCUUGCUGCGCUGCUGCUGUCUGUCGCGCUGAUCUCCCUGACCCUCGUCGGGGGCUUUUACGUUUCGAUUGCUUUGCUGCCGCCCUGGGUCAAGUGGCUUGUUUAUCUCUCCCCAGCAAAUUACGCAGUUCCAACGCUGCUGCAUGUCACCCUCAAAGGGCAUACCAUUGCCUGCAGCAGCAGCAGCAGCAGGAGCGGCAGCAGCAGCAGAGGGAACACCUGCGGCGGCAAGCCGCUGACUGCGGCAGACAUCGCAAGCCAACUGUCGCUCGGGCUACCAGUCGCCGCCAACGUUUGCAUCUUACUUUUGUUUCUUGUGACAGUGAAGAUUGCUACACUUCUUCUUCUCAGAAAGAGGCUACAAAUACAAAACUAG